AUGGGUUUGAAACUGAAAAAUGUCUUGCCAGUAUUUGUGUUCUUGUUGUUAGCAUCCACAGCUAAAGCCCAAACAGUGUUUGAUGUGACAAGUGCAAAAUAUGGUGGAAAGCCAAACUCUGAUAUUACCCAGGCUUUGAGCAAGGCUUGGACAGAUGCAUGUGCUUCAACAUCACCAAGUAAACUUGUUGUUCCAAAAGGAACAUUCAAGUUUUUAGGAACAACUUUUAAAGGUCCUUGCAAGGCUCCCAUUGCGUUCCAGCUCCAAGGAAUAUUGCAGGCUCCAGCAGAUGGCAACCAACUCCCAAAGAAGGAUACUUGGAUUAGUUUCGACCACAUUGACCGGCUCACCAUAUCAGGUGGUGGAACUUUUGAUGGCCAAGGAGCAAUUGCUUGGAAACAAAAUGAUUGCCACAAAAACCAAAAUUGCAAAUCUAUUGCCAUUAAUUUGAGGUUCAACUUCAUCACCAAUUCCAGAAUUGAGUACAUAACUACAAAAGAUAGCAAAAAUUUCCACGUCAAUGUUUUGGGGUGCACCAAUGUUGCAUUCCACCAUUUCACCGUCUCAGCACCUAAAGAGAGCAUUAACACAGAUGGAAUCCACAUUGGACGUUCCACUGGGAUCAGCAUCAUUGACUCAACCAUCAAAACUGGGGAUGAUUGUAUCUCAAUUGGUGACGGUACCAAAAAUCUCAACGUGACCAACGUUACUUGUGGACCAGGCCACGGCAUAAGCAUCGGGAGCCUUGGAAGGUACCAGAACGAAGAACCCGUGUCCGGGAUCACAAUCAAGAACUGCACCUUGACUGAUACACAGAAUGGUGUGAGAAUCAAAACAUGGCCUGCUUCCCCAUCAGCUGGUACUGCCUCAGAUAUUCACUUUGAGGAUAUUAUCAUGGUUAAUGUUGGUAACCCUAUCCUCAUAGACCAAGAGUACUGCCCAUGGAACCAGUGCACACUAAAGGUUCCAUCCAAAGUUAAGAUCAGCAAUGUUAGCUUCAAAAACAUCAAGGGCACAUCUACCACUCCACUUGCUGUCAAGCUUGUAUGCAGCAAAGGCCUACCAUGUGAGAAAGUGGAACUAAGUGACAUUGAUUUAAAGUACACUGGAAACCAAGGCCCUCUUACCUCUAAAUGUACUAAUGUCAAGCCCACGAUUACUCGCGUGACAAAGCCUCUUGCUUGUGCAACUUCUGCUUGA